UCCUCACUCUCAGCCUCGGUAACAUGGAGAUGGUCGUUCUUGAAAAUGAACCUGAAGUCUUGAUGGAAAACAUCUCCAAUAAAGACAACAGAGACACAUCUGCAGCACCAGGUCUGAAGCUGUACAGGUGUGUUGCUGUGUCAUUUGGUCUCCUCUGCAUCCUUCAAAUUGCUCUUAACAUUUCCUUGAGACCUCCUCUCAAUCACACAAAUUGUAUUUCAAACAGUGAAGACAUGACCACAAACCUGACUGAAGAGAGAGAUGAGCUGAAGAGGAAGCUGGAUGACCUCAAAUCCCACCAGAAUGUCCUGAAAAGUGAGAGAGAUGAGCUGAAGAGGACCUUAAAUGACUUUGCUCACAGGUCCAAUAAUGGAUGGCUGUAUUUCAGCCAUAGUUUCUACUAUAUUUCUCCAAUCAAGAAAACCUGGCAUGAUAGUAGGAAUGACUGUUUACAAAGAGAAGCAGAUCUGGUGAUUAUCAACAGCAAAGAAGAGCAGGAAUUCAUUCAAAGAUGGGUGAAAAACCUGAUGUGGAUCGGGCUGUCCAAGAGAGACGGGAUUUGGAAAUGGGUAGAUGGGACUCGCCUGACUCAAAGCUUGUGGUGCGCUGGGGAACCUAAUAAUCACAAAGACAGUGGAGAAGAAUGUGGAGAAAUACGUGGCUGCGGCCAUGACCACGGCUGGAAUGAUGAAAAAUGUAGCAAUUCCAAUUUCUGGAUCUGUGAGAAGAAAAUGGCUCUAUAACCUACUGGCUGUGGUUUAAUAUUGGAAAGUUUCAUUGCAUUAUCACAAAACUCAGCCGCACGCGUGCUGACGAGGAUCGGGGUGCAGGCCCACAUUACACCAGUUUUACAGCCGCUGCAUUGGCUCCCUGUCCGCUUCAGGAUCGAUUUUAAAGUUCUCUUAUUAGUUUUUAAAUGUCUUAACGGCCUUGCACCUUCUUAUUUAACUGAUUUGUUUUUACCCUAUCAACCCUUGCGGGCCCUGAGGUCCUCUGGCAGUGGCUGAUUGUGUGUUCCAAAAGCUAGAACCAAGACCCAUGGAGAGGCGGCUUUUAGCCAUUACGGCCCCCGCCUGUAGAACAGGCCAGGGAACCUCAGGACUGCAGAGACCUUUGAUAUUUUUAAAGGGAGGUUGAAAACACACCUUUUUAAUCAGGCUUUUAACUGACCUUUUAUAGUCCUCUUAUUUCCAUCAUUAUUUAUGUAAUUGUAUUCUAUUUUAUUAUGUACUUUUAACUUUUUUUACUUUUUUAUUUUGUAAUCUUAUCUUAUUAUUCUAUAUCAAUUUCGUAUAAUAUUUUCUUUUUAGCUGUUUAAUUCCAGUGUUUCCUAAAGGGGGUCCUUCACACCAGGAGUUGGUUCUGGUCCUCUGCUGGGGUUACUG